CCAUGUUGGGGAAUUCUUUCGCGGUAACAACCGGCUGGAUGUCAUUAUAAUGAAUACAUAUUUAAAAAAUAAAAAUGAUAUUAAAUUGGACACUUUUUUCUAUAGUUUAAUAAGCUCAAGUAACAAAUUCAAAGUCGCAAUACAUUAACCAUAAGUAGUACUGGUCAAAAUAACUCGAAGUAACGUUACCUGAAUAGUUAUCGUCAAUAACGCUUAACAGGUCGCGACUGACCAGAUUUAACGUGAAGUAUUCCAGAGAGACGAUGGGUAAUUACUAGGUAAAUAAUCAAACUAUUCAAUAAUCACUUUGGAUCGCUAACAACCCAGAUAAAUAACAAGUAAAAGCACGUACUCGUUUCAUUAGGUUCACUUCUGACUGCCGUCCACCACCUGUCGUCCUUCCGUCGAUUUUACGACACUCGCGCUCGGAAGACGGCAGUAUGCGGGCGCACAUGUGGAGCGCGGCUUGUUUAUCUGGUUUCAGACUCCUGACUCGAGCGUGCGUGUCAUCACAGAGGGUCCGCCGAUACCCACUCGAGUCAUCUUCCCACAGCUUCUCGCUCUUCAGUCCAUGUGCCUCUGUUCUCACCAGAGUCUUGAUGUCAAAGCGAUCAGAGAGCCGGAAGAUGUCAAAGCUCAUGGCGCAGCGGAUGGUCUGGGUGGAUUUGGAGAUGACGGGGCUGGACAUCGAUAAGGACCAUAUUAUUGAGAUGGCUUGUAUCAUUACCGACCCCGACCUGAACAUCAUCGCAGAGGGCCCUAAUUUGAUAAUAAAUCAACCAGAUGAGCUCCUUGACAGCAUGUCAGACUGGUGUAAAGAGCAUCAUGGCGAGUCAGGAUUGACUCGGGCCGUGAGAGACAGUGACAUCACUCUUCAGCAAGCGGAGUAUGAGUUCCUGUCCUUCAUUCGCCAGCACACGCCACCCGGCCAGUGUCCUCUUGCAGGGAACUCUGUCCAUGCAGAUAAGAAGUUUUUGGAUAAGUACAUGAGUCAGUUCAUGCGACACCUGCAUUAUCGCAUUAUAGACGUGAGCACAAUUAAAGAGUUGUGCAGACGAUGGUAUCCUGAAGAGUUCCAGCUCACGCCACAUAAAAAAGGAUCUCAUAGAGCGUUGGAGGACAUCCAAGAGAGCAUUAGAGAGCUGAAGUUUUACAGAGCCAAUGUUUUCAAACCUGUUUUGGAGGAGAAGAAGAGAAAAAGUAGUCUAGAAUGGAGAUAAGAAGUCUAUGAGCUAAUCUGCAAACACGGGAGAGAAAAAUCCAUCUGGUGUGAUUUUAGGAUCUGGUGUUGAAUUCGGGGGUGUUGACGGCCUCACGGUUCUUUUUCUUGUUUUAGUUCUCAUCUCGGUGAAUAGCUUGGUUUAAAAAAGAGGUUUAAAUUAUGUAAAUGUACAAAUUUUGAGCAAAUUCAUUUUAUCCAAUUUAAGAAUCUGAUUUGUUAUCUGCUUUUCAUUAGAUCAUGCUGGUGUGCAUUAAAGACACAAAAGUGUGUUUGAAUUAAAGUUCUUCUGUCAAAGAGUGUUUUCGUCACGCCCUGUUUUUGAAAUAAAAUCAUUUGUUGUAAA